AUGGACUACGCCACGAAGGCAAAAUAUGCCGUGCACGCUAAACGUCAGGUGAACAAGGAAACGGGUGAAAGAGGCAAACCGACGUUCAAAAUCACCACCAUUGAUGUGCAGUCACUAAAUGCGCAGGAGUGCCCUCCUCUUAAAAACCUGGAGAACACAAGUAUGUUCAAUCUUGGUGGGGAUGCGUCGACAAAACAUAGAAGUUUCAGUCUUCGCGUGCUUCGAGAUCUGGGUUUCGGAAAGACAUCAAUGGAAGAGCAUAUCAAGGAGGAACUGUUUGACUUUGUCAACGAGAUCGACGGAACCAAAGAACGUGGUGUCCCUGUUCUCGAGUUGAUCCUCCAAAGCCUGAUGAACGUUACAAGCGCCCUCUUGUUUGGAACCAGAUACCCUCUAGGCGACCCCAAGCGAAAAUACCUGGCACAGCUCGCCACGGAUUACAUGCAGCGAGUCCACUGCGCACCGAUAAUCCAAUUCAAACCGCAGUGGCUCUGCCGAUUUGAAGCCAAGCUGCCCUUCACGAGGACGGGUGCUAUGCGCAAAUGUCGUCUCGCGAUGAUCGACUUCAUCAGGUAUCAAGUUAAACAACACGAAGACACAAUACAGGCAGACGUGACCCGAGACUUCAUCGAUGGCUUCCUCAAGCAGGUUGAGAAGCACCGGCGUGAUCCCAAUCCUGCGUUUGAAGUGUGCCACCUCGUGGCUAACACCGUGGAACUCUUCUUCGGUUCCUCGAGCAACGUGCCAGUCCUGAUGCACUGGCUGCUGCUGGUGUGCGCGCAGAAUCCAGAGAGGGUGCAAGCCAGGAUUCAGAAAGAGGUCGACGACGUUGUCGGCCGUGACAGACAGCCCAGAUGGGAGGACCGCAAGGCGAUGCCUUUUACCAUGGCCAGCGUACUUGAGAUAACACGGUGGAAGGUCACGGAACCCAUUGGGUUGCCUAGAGGAGUAAAAAAAGACACCUUCAUCGGGGAGUACCUGAUUCCCGAAGGAACGAUGGUUAUGGCGAAUGUUAUGGCAGUACACAGAAAUCCAGAGCUUUGGGAAAAUCCGGACCGAUUUCAUCCAGAGCGAUUCUUAACAGCCGACGGCAGUGAACUCUCGAAGAAACCGGAACACCACAUCGCGUUCUCGCUUGGAAAAAGAAUUUGUCCUGCAGAGAUGCUGGCGAACGUCGAAAUGUUCCUGUACCUGGCGACCAUUCUGCAGAAGUUCAGUGUGCUUCCUGAUUAUGGAGCACAGCUGCCUGAUCUCGGGUGCCUUUCCACAUCAUCUCGUCAUCCUUCUAUAAAGAUGCUGCGCUUCGUCAGUCGCCGAUAGCCGUGGCGAUUAGCGAGGUUUCCUCAAUGUGCUGCGGAUUGUGAUGAUUUAUGAUGUC